AUGUUGGAAUAUAGUGUGUAUGUGUACAUAUCCGGUAGUGUGACAGAGAGCAGAGGGCAGGCGUCAGCGGCAGGUAAGCCGUCUUCAUUUGUCGCGACGUGGCCCGGAGCCGGAGAAUGCGAGCAGCUGCCCCCCGCCCCCUUUCGCCUCCUCGGUCUUCCGCCCCCGCCCCCGCCCCCGCCCCCAUCCUCCGGCGGGCAGACGGGCGCGCCGGCGCCGCAGCCAGUGUCGCCACGGUUCCCGUCGGACGCAGGCGCGCGCUCUGCCACCGACAACUCGCCACCUCACCAGCUGCUCGCCGCGUCCACGCUCGCCUGUGCCACUGACGUCUGCAGCAGGCAGCCCUUCUCUGAGGCGUCUCCCAGACUCCUCGCCAGUCUACCAGCUGCCGCCUCAUCCACAGCCCUAUAUGAUAUACGCCGGAUACAACGUCUGCUAAAAACUUUCGGCAUAGCCCUCGUAAGAACUGGCCGCGGCUGCCUAGGGGCGAACGGCCGCUGUCCUACGUCCGGGCGCACAGCUGCUGGAGGUGCGGGGGCGGCGGCGUCAGCAGGUAGAGAAAGAGCUGGCGCCUGCUGGCUGGUGGCUGCUGGCUGGUGGCCGCGCCGGCUGACACCACAACUCCAUUUGGCCCGCUACGCGACACCUCCAUUAGGGAGCCGGGCGCCCAGCAGUCGCCCAGCACCCACCUCCACCCCCGCCCUCCCGCGACUCGGGGAGAUUCCCAGGAAGCCUUCUGGCGCUGCCGCCACCGCCGUCACUGGGACAGUCCAAAUCGCGGCGAGCCCUUUCUGGUACUGUAUAAAGGUUGGUCAAAACAGGGUGUUGAAGGGAAGAUUCUUCUGA